GAAAUGAGAAGAUAUGCAUAUGAAUGGCAGAGAUGCCUGGGAGUGCCCUGAAUGUCAUUAAGAAGGCAAAUGAUACCUUAAAUGGAAUCAGUAGUAGUUCUGUUUGCACAGAAGUAAUUCAGUCAGCUCAAGGCAUGGAAUAUUUAUUAGGUGUUGUUGAAGUGUACAGGGUAACCAAGCGUGUGGAGCUGGGGAUCAAAGCCACUGCAGUGUGCAGUGAGAAACUCCAGCAGUUGCUGAAGGACAUCGAUAAAGUGUGGAAUAACCUAAUCGGCUUCAUGUCACUCGCCACACUCACACCAGAUGAAAACUCGCUGGAUUUUUCCUCCUGUAUGCUACGGCCUGGGAUUAAAAAUGCUCAGGAACUUGCCUGUGGAGUAUGCCUCUUGAACGUGGACUCGAGGAGCCGGAAAGAAGAGAAGCCUGCAGAAGAACAUCCUAAAAAAGCAUUCAACUCAGAAACAGACAGUUUCAAGCUGGCCUACGGAGGGCACCAGUAUCACGCCAGCUGUGCCAACUUCUGGAUCAACUGUGUCGAACCAAAGCCUCCUGGCCUUGUCCUGCCUGACCUGCUCUGAACAACUCCUCUGUGAAGCACUGACUCUUUGUUUUUCUGUGACACCCCACGGGGUGACAGGGACCAAUCAGUAGAAUGCGAGCGCUGCACAGUUCACUUCCCUGAAUUGAUAUGAAGAACACCGCAAGCGACGGGGCCCCCGUCACCCCCACGGCCAGUCUGCGGGGCUUCAGGUAAAAUCUCAAGCGGCACGUGGCGCCAGAAGCUUGCUCACUUCUACUUUUCUUAAGGUUUUCUAAAAUACAGACCACAGCUUUCUGGAUCUAAGGAAGAACUUGCUGCUGCAGUAUUGAAACUGUGAAGAACUGACAUUUUUGAAGAAAAAUAAACUACUGUUGCGGGACUAGAAUGGGCAGCUGCUUGGAGCCAGUGCUUGUUUUUACCCAGAACACUUACUGUCCUGUGAAGUAGAGUGCAUUUAUUUGCAUUUAGUGUGUUAAUGUCUGAAAUGAAUAAAAAGAGGAAAUUACGAUUAAACUGAUGUUCUGCUUUUUAUGGAGAAGAUUCUGCCCGUCUGCCCUGGACAGUAGCAGGCAGGUGAGGGCAGAUUUUACCCACUUGGCUGUCACAACUGAACCAGUUCUCUACUCCUUCCCUUCAUUGCUGUCAACGCUCAAGACUUUUUCCCAAAACAUGCCUGCAGUCCUGAAGAAUGCUCAUUUUCACACAGGCCCAAAUCCUGUGUAUCAGGAUAAUAUCCUUCCCUGCAGGAGCCUUCACUGCAAACCUGUUUUGCCGCAUGCAAAGACUGUGACCCUGGAGUUUUCUCAGACAAGAUUUGUAAAGGCAGUGGAAUGAAAUCUCUUGGCAGUGGCCGCUCUCCAAAUUUCCAAAGAUGACUACAUAGGGACCAACACUGCCUGACUUCGCAGUAUCUGUGAGAAAAACCUGAAAAUUAAUUCAGGGUGAAAAUGUGGAGUUCUUGGCCUAGUGUAAAGUAUCAAGAUGUAUAUUUAUGGGAUAGAUACAUGACUUAGAAGAAAAUUGUCCAGAAAUAGUACUGAGUUUUAGAUGGAAAAGACUCGUGCUUCCUGGAGUAGGGAAUUUUCUUUGCCAUUUAAUCUGAAUGCAUAAAAUUAGGGG